AUAAUUGUCAGCUUAGUAACCCUACUGUUUGUAAGCAUAAAAAAAUUACAGUUCAGUGGCAAAGUGACAAGCAAAAAUACGAAAAUGGUUCUUGAAAGUACUAUGAUAUGUUUUGAUAACAGCGAUUACCAACGCAAUGGUGAUUAUUUCCCUACACGCCUGAACGUCCAAAAAGAUGGAAUCAAUCUCGUUUGUCUGACAAAACUUAGAUCGAAUCCCGAGAAUAAUGUGGGACUAAUGACGCUAUCGAAUACCGUGGAAGUGCUGGCCACGCUGACCAGUGAUGUGGGGCGGAUUUUUUCUAAAAUGCAUCUCGUCCAACCAAAGGGCGAGAUAAACCUUCUGACCGGGAUCCGCAUUGCCCAUUUGGUGUUGAAGCAUCGUCAAGGCAAAAACCAUAAGAUGCGUAUUGUUGUCUUUGUUGGCUCGCCCAUUUGCCACGACGAAGGAGACCUUGUGAAACAAGCUAAGCGCCUUAAGAAAGAGAAGGUGAAUGUGGACAUUGUUAGCUUCGGCGAUCAUGGCAACAACAACGAGACGCUGACUGCUUUCAUUAAUGCAUUGAACGGCAAAGACGGUACUGGAUCGCACUUGGUUAGUGUUCCUCGCGGAUCUGCUCUGUCUGACGCCCUGUUGUCGUCGCCGAUUAUUCAGGGCGAAGAUGGCUUGGGUGGCGCUGGCUUGGGAGGAAAUGCGUUCGAAUUCGGAGUUGAUCCCAACGAAGACCCAGAACUGGCUCUUGCCUUGCGUGUGUCAAUGGAGGAGCAACGUCAACGACAGGAGAGUGACCAACGCCGGGCUAAUGCUGAUAGCACUGCACCAGCUGGUGCCGAUGCUGCUGCUGCCACGGGACAGCCCAAAGUUGAAAGCGGCGCAGGAAACGCCGAGGCCAAUUCGGAGGAAGCUAUGUUGCAGCGGGCCUUGGCCCUGUCUACUGAGACCCCCGAAUAUAAUUUGCCAGAUUUCGGCAACAUGACCGAAGAGGAACAGAUCGCCUUUGCUAUGCAAAUGUCCAUGCAAGAUGCUCCUGAUGAUAACGUCACCCAGCAAGCGAAGCGCCCCAAAACUGAUGAAGCCAAUGCUCCCAUGGAUGUGGAUGAGGACUAUUCGGAGGUUAUUGGCGACCCGGCCUUCUUGCAGAGUGUACUAGAGAAUCUUCCUGGGGUAGAUCCCCAAUCCGAGGCAGUGCGCGAUGCUGUUGGCUCACUGAACAAAGACAAGGAUAAAAAGAAUGAGGAGGACAACCAAAAGAAAUAAACACACGUCUUUCUUAAACCCAAUUAAAUUUUAUAAGUUUCUUUGCCCAUAAAACUCAUUCGAAAGCUUGUUAAAUUAUGCUUCAAGUGAAAAUAUAUCUACAUACUUAAAUACACAAAAAGUAC